AACUUGUAAAUUGUAAUAGUCAGCCGUACAACAACUCUCUCUCUCUCUCUCUCUCUCUCUCUCUCUCUCAUCACCGUAACACCGUCGUGUAACUUCACCGGCGGCGAGUGGACUCAAUGCCUGCUCAAAAGCGUUCAAACGAUUCAGUCUACGAAGAUGAAGAAGAUGUUGAGCUGCAGCGUAACAAUCAGAACGUUUCAGACGAAUCUGAAAACGACGACGUAGAGCAAGAUGAAGAAGCAGAUUCGGAGAAUGAUGAUGAUAGCCCUUCCUCUAGUGGUAGCGACAAAGACGAGUUCGUUUAUGUAAAACUGGCUGAAGUUCGCAAGGACGUCCAGUGCCCAAUUUGUUUAGGUAUAAUUCGGAAGACCAGAAAAGUUAUGGAAUGCCUUCACAGGUUUUGUCGAGAGUGCAUAGACAAAUCAAUGAGGAUGGGGAACAACGAAUGCCCUGCUUGUCGUGCUCAUUGUGCAAGCCGCCGUUCUUUGAGGGAUGACCCAAAUUUCGAUGCCCUGAUUGCAUUGUUGUAUCCUGACAUUGAUAAAUACGAGGCUGAGGAAUUGGCCUUUGCUGAGGAAGAAAAAGCUCGGAAUAAACAGUUACAUGGACAGAUCCAAGCAGCCAUUGCCCAAACUUCUCGUCGCCAGUUAGAAGCAUUGGGAAAGAAACGCGCAACCGCUAAAGCUACAGCGACUGCUUUUAUGAGGAGAUCACAGUCAAGUGCACGUAAUCUCAGAGGAAGGAGAAGAAAAUCUGCCGAACCCCGAGAUUCCGACAAUGAGGUUGAUGCUGAUAAUGAUAAUGGAGGCAAUUACUCAUCUUCUUCAGACGAGCCAGAGCCCUCUACAGAAGUCAAACCCAAACGAUACAAGAGAUGGGGGGCAGGACGCCCAUCUUCAUUGCCAUCAUCAAGUGGUGCAAAUGGCGGGUGUGAUGACAAUGAAACAGAUGGUUCUAGAAAAACGGUCGGUGCGUCUGUCGGGCUUGUUGGCAGCCCGGAAAUUUUAGCCUGGGGUUGUGCUGGGAUGAGGAGUCAUACACGCCAUGGUGGUCAAAGUAGUGGUGGUAAGAGUGCAAGGAAUACCCACAAUUCCAAGCUGAUUCAUCAUUUCAAGAGGUUACCACAAAAUGAUGAUGAGAUGAAUAUCUCUCUCAAGCUUGUAUCCCUGGAUGAGCAAAAUAUACCCAAUUUGCGUAAUUUAUAUAUUUGCUGCAAACCAACCAUGCCAACUACAAAUGUAUGCCAGUAUGUUGCUAAUGAGAAUGGGUUGCGAGCCGAUGAGAUUGAGCUGUUGCUAGUGAAGGGUGGCUGUUUUGAUGCUGAUUCUUCAAGUGUUUCACCCGAUGAACAAUCUGAACCAGUUGUUAUCAAUCCUUUGAAAGAUGAGUUGCGGCUGUUGGACGGGCAUCAAAUCAUGUCAGAUGUCGCCAAACUUUCCAAUCAGAACAAUCUGACUAUAGCUUACAGGAAGAAGUCCCUUAACUGAUUGUUUACCACGAACUUACUGAGUCGAACCCGGGAAGAAGUGUAUGGCAUGUGAGAGAAGAUUAGCUGCUUAAUUGAUGUUUAGCCCUUUGUGUUUUACGAUAUUUAUGUUAAAAAAACACACACGCACUAGAGUAAUUAGGGAACUAAAGAAAAUGGAGAACAAGAAAAACAAUCUCAGCCCUCUAAAUUUUAAUCCGACGGUUCCCUUGAAGUUAAGUUUAUCAAACGAAAUUCCAGGGAAAAAAGGUAACAUGAAAGCAAGGAUUUCAAGUUAACCAAUAAGAGGUUUAAUUUGUGCCUUGUUACUGACA